AUGUUACGACAUAUUAUCGUUUUCAUAUCCGGAAACGGGUCUAAUCUUCAAGCAAUAAUUGACUCAGUACAAUCAGGAACCCUCGAAUGUAAAAUUGAUUUGGUAGUUUCUAACAAAAAGUCCGCUUACGGUUUAACGCGUGCCGAAAAAGCCGGAAUUCCUACGCUUGUUUUUCCUUUGAAACCUUAUAAAGACGCCGGAAAAACUCGUAUAGAAUAUGAUAUAGAUUUGGCCAAUAAAGUUAGAGAAUAUAACCCUGAUUUAAUUGUUCUUGCAGGGUGGAUGCAUGUUUUAUCCAAAGAAUUUAUAGAUCAUUUUAAUGAUAAUAUCAUUAAUUUACAUCCAGCGCUACCAGGUCAAUUUGAUGGAACAAAUGCUAUCAAACGAGCCUAUGAGGCAUUUAAAAGGGGAGAAAUCACAAAAACGGGAGUUAUGGUUCAUAAAGUAGUUCCAGAAGUUGACAAGGGGGAACCGUUAAUAAUUGAAGAAGUUCCAAUAUUUGAAUCUGAUACUUUGGAGGAUUUAGAGGAACGAAUUCACUCGGUAGAACAUAGAAUAAUUGUUCAGGCCAUCAAAAAGUUUUUAGGAAUAUGA